AUGGAAAAUGGUUAUGAGUAUAUAGAUGAAUCUUCGAUUGAUAUUAGUCUGAAAUGUCUGAUAUGUUCGGAUCCUUAUACAAAUCCAUGCUCGACGAUCUGCGACCAUACUUUCUGUCGAUCCUGUAUUACAAAAUGGCUCGAGUCAAGCGAUCGAUGUCCUGCUUGCAGUAAAAGGCCAAUGACAAGUGAAGGUUUACGUGCAACAAAUCGUCUGGUUUUUGAUAUACUCGAUCGUCUGCUUGUUCGAUGCAAAGCUUGUCGACAGACGAAUAUUCAACGGGGCAACUUCGAUGAGCAUUCAAAUCGAUACUGUUUGAAAACUUUCGUCACGUGUUCAGCUGCCGAUUUGAAAUGUCCCUGGCAAGGACCGCGAGAUCAACUCAGUGUACAUCUAUCGACAUGCUCGUUUGAAAAUAUGCGACCGAUUCUGUCGCAUUUGAUAAAUACAAUCAAUAGUCUUACUGAUCGCUUACAACAAUGUGAAAAUCAAAAUGAAGAAUAUUUUAAUCGUGUGAAUGUACUUGAAAUCGAGAAAAAGGAACUAAGCGAUGAAAUUCAUGGAUUGAAAGAGUUCUGCUCGACUCAGAAAACAAUGCUGAGCAAUUUGCGAGCUGCUGACGCCCAACAUGCCAACGCCUGUCUCCAACUCAAUAAUAAAAUGCAACUGAUGCAAAUUCUAUCGAAUCCAAGUGUAAAUAUUAAUCCUCGUCUCGAAAUGAUACUUUCACAAUGUCAGGUACACUCUACUAUCAAUUUAAUUGAUUUACGGCUCAAUGACUACGAUAUUCCGUUCAUCAUCCGUCAAGCAAUCGUAAACAAACAAUGUUCAGUAUUGAAUUUAAGUAAUAAUUUCAUUAAAUCGCACGGAAUUGAGUUGUUGGCAAAUGCAUUACGUUCGAAUCUUAUUCUUAAACGAUUAUGUCUAAAAGGAAACCAAAUUAAUUGCAAAGGAGUGGAUCAUCUACAACACGCAUUGUUGAUUAACAAUACACUUGAAGUAUUGGACUUAGAAUCAAAUUGUAUAGCAGAUUUAGGCGCUCAAUCAUUAGCAGAAGUGAUUCGCUAUAAUCGAACAUUGAAAGAUCUUCAUAUUGGUUAUAAUAAUAUCGAACAUAGAGGAAUCGAAGUUUUAUUUAAUGCAAUGGAUAACAAAACUUCGAUAGAGGUGCUAGGUUUGGCUGGUAAUCGCUUGGAUGAUAGAUGUCUCGAUAGUCUUGAGAAGAUGUUAGGUGUUAAUAAUAGAUUACAACGACUUGAUCUAUCUGAAAAUCAGUUUUCAUUGGAUGGGAAAACAAGAUUAUUACGAAUUGGUUACACGAAGAAAGGUUUUAAAAUGAGUCUGUGA